GCCCAAUAGGCAAAGACGCUUUGCGCAGAGAACCCGCCCACUGUCAAUUCAUCCUCCCGGUGAUUGAUUCCAGCAGAUGUGAGGGUUGCGCCGCUGAGUGAGGAAAAGACGCAACCGCAGGCAUGCCACUGGCACGCAGUUUGUCGGUCACCUCCCUGUCCGGCCUGGAUGAUUGGGAUGAAGAGUUUGAUCUGGAGGAUGCAGUACUGUUUGAGAUCGCAUGGGAGGUCGCCAAUAAAGUUGGUGGAAUUUACACGGUGAUCCAAACCAAGGCACGUCUGACCUGCGAGGAAUGGGGCGAGAACUACUUUCUGGUGGGCCCUUAUAUUGAGUCCAAUGUCAGGACCCAAGUGGAAUUAAUCGAACCCUGCAACGCACCGCUAAGGAGAACCAUCGAAAAAAUGAACAGCAGUGGAUGCAAGGUAUAUUUCGGGCGAUGGCUGAUCGAAGGCUCUCCGUAUGUAGUUCUGAUAGACGUGGGUUUCACAGCGUGGUCUCUGGAUCGCUGGAAGAGUGAGCUGUGGGAGAACUGCGGUGUUGGUGUGCCUUGGUUUGACAGAGAGGCAAACGAUGCCGUACUCUUCGGCUUCCUCACCGCAUGGCUUUUGGGAGAGUAUGCAGCUCAGUGCGAUGAACCCCCUCACAUUGUGGCUCAUUUUCAUGAGUGGCUAGCAGGUCUGGGCCUUGUGUUGUGCAGGCAGCGUAAGUUACCUGUAGCGACCAUCUUCACCACACACGCCACGCUGCUCGGCCGAUACCUGUGUGCCGGGAACGUUGACUUCUACAACAACCUCGCAGAGUUUAAUGUGGAUAAAGAGGCAGGUGACAGGCAGAUCUAUCAUCGAUACUGUCUGGAGCGUGCAGCGGCCCGCUGUGCACACGUCUUUACCACAGUAUCCCAGAUCACCGCCAUCGAAGCUGAGCACUUACUGAGGCGCAAACCAGACAUUGUGACUCCGAACGGCCUGAAUGUGAAGAAGUUUUCAGCCAUGCACGAGUUCCAGAACCUCCACGCUCAGAGUAAAGCACGCAUCCAAGAGUUUGUCAGAGGCCAUUUCUACGGGCAUUUAGAUUUUAACCUUGACAAGACACUGUUUCUUUUCAUCGCUGGCCGCUAUGAAUUCUCCAACAAAGGAGCUGAUAUAUUUCUCGAAGCGUUGGCCAGACUUAAUUACCUACUGAGGGUGAAUCACAGUGAGAUCACAGUAAUCGCAUUCUUCAUCAUGCCUGCCCGUACCAACAACUUCAACGUGGAAACCCUGAAGGGUCAAGCCGUACGAAAACAGCUCUGGGACACUGCACAUACCGUGAAAGAGCGCUUUGGGAAAAAACUCUACGAAUCACUUUUAGUUGGGCAGUUGCCUGAUGUGUCCAAGAUGAUAGAUAAAGAAGAUUUCACCAUGAUGAAGCGCGCCAUCUUUUCCACUCAGCGGCAGUGCCAGCCUCCCAUCUGCACCCACAACAUGUUGGAGGACAAUAAUGACCCCAUCCUUAACUGCAUCCGUCGCAUCGGCCUCUUCAAUAGCUCACAGGACAGAGUCAAGGUGAUCUUCCAUCCAGAGUUUCUUUCGUCCACUUCCCCUCUCCUGCCAAUGGACUACGAGGAGUUUGUACGAGGGUGUCAUCUGGGAGUAUUUCCAUCUUACUAUGAGCCAUGGGGAUAUACACCAGCUGAGUGUACAGUGAUGGGUAUUCCAUCAAUUUCUACUAACCUGUCUGGGUUUGGCUGUUUUAUGGAGGAACAUAUUGCUGAUCCAACAUCUUAUGGUAUCUACAUUCUGGACCGGAGAUAUCGUGGAAUCGAUGAGUCCUGCAAUCAGCUGACGUCUUACCUGUUUCAGUUCUGUCAGCAGAGCCGCAGGCAGAGGAUCAUCCAGAGGAACCGAACGGAGCGCCUCAGUGACCUGCUGGACUGGAGAUAUUUGGGAAGGUACUAUAUAUCUGCCCGCCAUAUGGCCUUAGCGAAAGCUUUUCCAGAUACAUUCAUAUACGAUCUUCACGAACCGACCUCGGCCACUGGUUUCCGAUACCCACGUCCCGCUUCUGUGCCUCCGUCCCCCGCCCAUUCACUUCACUCCUCCCCUCAUCACAGUGAGGCCGAGGAUGAGCACGAACGAUAUGACGAAGAGAUGGAGGCAGAGAAAGAUCGACUUAACAUCCGCCAACCUUACAACCGGAACAAGGAUCAGACAGUCGAUCUUCCAGAGGAAAACUAAACACAGCCAUACACACAAGCAUGCAUACCAUAGCAACAACCCUCCCUGAAAAGUGACCUGAACCUCCGUAGUUAUUGCUAAUGAAGAGAAAUAAAUGAAAUAUUUAUGUAUCUGAUGAGACAUAGUUUGUGAAUUUAAAUGAAAGUUGAAUGUCUUCCUUGGUGUCUUCCAUAUGAAGCCUAAAACUAAAAUAAGGGAGUAGGAAGAUGAAAUGUUAGCCAGAGUAAGACAGGUGAAAUUUCGUAGAGAAUGCAGUUCUGACAUUAAAAUCUAACAGGCAGAGCAAGCCACUGUGAAAAAUGACCCCAGUAAGCCUUUUGCCACUGUCAUAUUAUUCCUUAAGACUGAGUCAUAUCAGAGAAAAUAUAACAAACAGUAUUUAUAAGUAGAUCUUUAUUGUGAAUGUGAACUUUACAGAAUUCUUAAAAAAAUGAUAUCCCAUUUAAAAAGUUAUAUUUGAUUAUUUAUACCCUCCAGAUUUCUCUUCACUGUAUUAUAUAGACCAUUUUACAAGACGUAAAGAACUCCCAGAUGCAUUUCCUGUUUCAUUUGUAUGCGUUACACAAACGUUAGAACAAAAUAUAAACGGAACAUUUUAAAAUUGAAUCGAAAUGUCAAACAAAUAUCUUGAAGACUUAAUAUGUGAAAUAAAAACGAAUAAAAUAAAAACUUAAACAGGAAGUGCUUCUGGACCAGUGUUGAUGUCUUCUCAAUUGGUCUGUUGACCCAGGCAUAAUGAUUAUUCCGUUAUUUUCCCAGUUGUCAUGAAAUAGUUUAUAUGAGCUUGAUGUAGCUAAAGCUAAGCCAGUCAGUACACUGGAGCAUCAUUGUUACUGUAACAAAUAUACACCAGCAAACUGUUUGAGUUUGUCGCUUGCUGUAGAAUUGGCAUUAAAGUCUCAAACAUUA